CAUUGUAAACAUUUAAGGUGUUCAAAUUCAUGCAAACCGUUCAAACAGUUGUGUAAUUUUUUUGAAUGACUUAUUGAAUAUAACAUUGUGAUGCUUUCAUUUAUGAACGUUGUAUUGAACGAGUAAAAGCGCGUCCACGUGAGUAACGGAAAAAGUUGCGUCUCAUUUCGCUCCCUAUUUCGUGAAUCAUUUUAUCGUAAAAACAUAUUCGGUCACUGACAAGCAAGGAAGGAGAAACGGAGCUUUUUGAAACUGAACGUGUCAAUUGAACAAAAGGACAGACAGAGUGUCACACUCCUGGUGAAACAACUGAGAUCCACGUGACACUAUUAUAAAGAUGGAGUUAAUUAAAGAGGAGAGUGAAGAACUGAAGAUUGAGGAAGUAUUCAGUCUGAAACAAGAAGAUACUGAGGAACAAACAGACCUUAUGGCACUGAAAGAGGAGAGUGAAGUACUGAAUGAAAUAGAAAAGAAAGUUCAGUAUGAGAAACAUCAUAAAUUCAUAAAUGGAGAAAAAUCUUUAAGUUGCUUACAGACUGAAAAGACUUCCUCACCAAGAAGAGCUAAAAAAGAGACAGGAACUAGAAGCUAUUUAACCUGCCCUCAGUGUGGAAAAAGUUUCAAUCAACAUAGAAACCUUAAAGUCCACAUGAGAGUUCACACUGGAAAGAAGCCUUUCUCCUGCAAACAGUGUGGUAAAAGUUUCAAUCGAAAAGGAAACCUAAAUUACCACAUGAAAGUUCACACUGGAGAAAGCCCUUUCACUUGCCAACAAUGUGGAAUAAGUUUCACUCAAAAAGGAAGUCUUAACAGGCACAUGAGAAUUCACACUGGAGACAAGCCUUAUUCAUGCCCUCAGUGUGAAAAGAGUUUCUAUCAACAUGUAAACCUUAAAGUCCACAUGAGAAUUCACACUGGAGAGAAGCCCUACUCAUGCUCUAAGUGUGGGAAGAGAUUUCAUCAACAUGGAAACUUUAAAGCCCACAUGAGAAUUCACAGUGGAGAGAGCCCUUUUACCUGCCAACAGUGUGGAAAAGGUUUCAACCAAAAAAGAAACUUUGAUUGUCAUAUGAAAAUUCACACUGGAGAGAAGCCUUCCAUAUUACUGUGUGGAAAGAGUGUCCAUCAAGAUGGAAACCUUAAAGACCACAUGCAAAUUCAUACGGGAGAGAGCCCUUUUUCUUGUCAACAGUGUGGAAAAAGUUUCACUCAAGAAGGAAUUUUUAAAAGACACAUGAGAAUUCACUCUGGAGAGAAGCCAUACAUGUGCCCUCAAUGUGGAAAGAGAUUUGAUCAAAACGGAAACCUUAAAGUGCACAUGAAAAUUCAUACAGGAGAAAGACCUUUUACCUGUCAACAGUGUGGAAAAAGUUUCAAUCGAAAAGGAAACCUUAAUUACCACAUGAAAGUUCACACUGGAGAGAAGCCUUAUUCAUGUCCUCAGUGUGGAAAAAGUUUCAAACAACAUAGAAACCUGAAAGUCCACAUGGGAAUUCACACUGGAGAGAAGCCUCACACAUGCCCUCAGUGUGGAAAGAGUUUCAGUCAACAUAGAAACCUGAAAAUCCACAUGAAAGUUCAUUCAGGAGAAAGACCUUUUACCUGUCAACAGUGUGGAAAAAGUUUCAACCGAAAAGGAAACCUUAAUUACCACAUGAGAGUUCACACUGGAGAGACACCUUUCACUUGCCAACAAUGUGGAAUAAGUUUCACUCAAAAAGGAAGCCUUAACAGGCACAUGAGAAUUCACUCCGGAGAAAAGCCUUAUUCAUGCCCUCGGUGUGAAAAGAGUUUCUAUCAACAUGUAAACCUUAAAGUCCACAUGAGAAUUCACACUGGAGAGAAGCCCUACACAUGCCCUAAGUGUGGAAAGAGAUUUGAUCAACGUGGAAACUUUAUAGUCCACAUGAGAAUUCACACUGGAGAGAGCCCUUUUACCUGCCAACAGUGUGGAAAAAGUUUCAACCGAAAAGGAAACCUUGAUUAUCACAUGAGAAUUCACACUGGAGAGAAUCCUUCCAUAUCACAGUGUGAAAAUAGUAUCAAUCAAGAUGGAGACCUUAAAGCUCAAAUUAAAAUUAAUAAGGUAGCGAACCCUUUUUCUUGUCAACAAUGUGGAAUAGGGUUCACUCAAAAAGGUUUUCUUGAGAGGCACAUGAGAAUUCACACUGGAGAGAAGCCUUACACAUGCCCUCAAUGUGGAAAGAAAUUUGAUCAACAUGGAAACCUUAAAGUGCACAUGAAAAUUCAUACAGGAGAAAGACCUUUUAUGUGUCAACAGUGUGGAAAAAGCUUCAACCGGAAAGGAAACCUAAAUUACCACAUGAGAGUUCACACUGGAGAGAGCCCUUUCACUUGCCAACAAUGUGGAAUAAGUUUCACUCAAAAAGGAAGCCUCAACAGGCACAUGAGAAUUCACACUGGAGAGAAUCCUUCUAUAUCACAGUGUGAAAAUAGUAUAAAUCAAGAUGGAAACCCUAAAGCCCAAAUGAAAAUUAAUAUGGCAGCGAGCCCUUUUACUUGUCAACAAUGUGGAAUAGGGUUCACUCAAAACGUUUUCCUUAAGAGGCACAUGAGAAUUCACAUUGGAGAGAAGCCCUACACAUGCCCUCAAUGUGGAAAGAAAUUUGAUCAACAUGGAAACCUUAAAGUGCACAUGAAAAUUCAUACAGGAGAAAAACCUUUUACGUGUCAACAGUGUGGAAAAAGUUUCAACCGGAAAGGAAACCUAAAUUACCACAUGAAAGUUCACACUGGAGAGAAGCCUUAUUCAUGUCCUCAGUGUGGAAAGAGUUUCAUUCAACAUAGAAACCUAAAAGUCCACAUGGGAAUUCACACUGGAGAGAAGCCUCACAUAUGCCCUCAGUGUGGAAAGAGUUUCAAUCAACAUAGAAAACUUAAAAUCCACAUGAAAUUUCAUUCAGGAGAAAGACCUUUUACCUGUCAACAGUGUGGAAAAAGUUUUAACCGAAAAGGAAACCUAAAUUACCACAUGAGAGUUCACACUGGAGAAAGCCCUUUCACUUGCCAACAGUGUGGAAUAAGUUUCACUCAAUCAGGAAGCCUUAACAGGCACAUGAGAAUUCACUCCGGAGAGAAGCCUUAUUCAUGCCCUCUGUGUGAAAAGAGAUUCUAUCAACAUGUAAACCUUAAAGUCCACAUGAGAAUUCACACUGGAAAGAGCCCUUUUACCUGCCAACAGUGUGGAAAAAGUUUCAACCGAAAAGGAAGCCUUGAUUUUCACAUGAGAAUUCACACUGAAAAGAAGAGUUCCAUAUCACAGUGUGAAAAGAGUAUAGAUCAAGAUGGAAACCUUAAAGCCCACAUGAAAAUUAAUUCAGUAGAGAACCCUUUUACUUGUCAACAGUGUGGAAUAGGUUUCACUCAAAAAGUAAUCCUUAAGAGGCACAUGAGAGUUCACACUGGAGAGAAGCCCUACACAUGCCCUCAGUGUGGAAAGAGUUUCAGUCAACAUAGAAACCUUAAAAUCCACAUGCAAGUUCAUUCAGGAGAAAGACCUUUUACCUGUCAACAGUGUGGAAAAAGUUUCAAACGAAAAGGAAACCUUAAUUACCACAUGAGAGUUCACACUGGAGAGACACCUUUCACUUGCCAACAGUGUGGAAUAAGCUUCACUCAAAAAGGAAGCCUCAACAGGCACGUGAGAAUUCACACUGGAGAGAAGCCUUUUUCAUGUCCUCAGUGCGGAAAGAGUUUCGAUCAACAUGGAAACCUCAAAAUCCACAUGAGAGUUCACACUGGAGAGAAGCCCUACACAUGCCCGCAGUGUGGAAAGAAAUUUCAGCAACGUGGAAACUUUACAGUCCACAUGAGAAUACACAGUGGAGGGAGCCAUUUUACAUGCCAGCAGUGUGGAAAAAGUUUCAACCGAAAAGGAAACCUUAAAUACCACAUGAGAAUUCACACUGGAGAGUAGCCUUUCACCUGCCAAGAUUGUGGAAGUUUCAACUGAAAAGAAGUCCUUAUCAGACACAUGACAAUUUACACCAGAGAGAUGCUGUUUAUAUGUGGAUAGUUUCAAAUUACCAAAAUAUGCUGUUUAAAAUAAAGAAAUUAAAAAUUGAUACAUCA